AUGAAAGAUAAGAAGCUCGGUGAAGGUACAUAUGCAGUUGUUUACCUAGGCCAUCUAAGAGACGAUCCCACUUCGCUCGUUGCAAUCAAGAAAAUAAAACUAAACGCCGAGUACAAGGACGGGCUAUCCAUGGACGCCAUCCGUGAAGUAAAAUACCUUCAGGAGCUGUCUCAUCCGAACGUCAUUGCAUUGCAUGACGUUUUCUCCUCCAAAGACCAAAAUCUAAAUCUCGUUCUUGAAUUUUUACCCCUUGGAGAUCUUGAAAUGUUGAUCAAAGACAGCUCUAUCCAGUACGGUGUGGCUGAUAUAAAAGCAUGGAUAAGCAUGCUUGCACGUGGAGUUUGGUUCUGUCAUAAGAAUUUCAUUCUACACCGUGAUAUUAAACCUAACAACUUGUUAAUUGCAUCGGAUGGAGAAGUUAAAUUGGCGGAUUUCGGUCUUGCCAGAUCGUUUGCUGAUCCAUACCUCAACAUGACACAUCAAGUCAUUACACGAUGGUACAGGCCAUUGGAACUACUCUUCGGCGCCAGGCAAUAUUCCGGUGCAGUCGACAUAUGGUCUAUGGGAAUGGUGUUCGCCGAGCUUAUUCUGCGCGUCCCUUUCGCCGCUGGAAACACAGAUAUGGACCAAAUAUCUAAAAUUUGUGCUGCAUUUGGGGCACCUACGGAAGAAAACUGGCCUGGAGUGACAAAGCUACCCAACUACGUCCCAAUUGAGGAAAAUCAGGUCAUACCCCUACAAGGCCGGGAAUUUUUCCUCCGCCAGUUUCCGACAGCUGGACCUUUGGGGGCGGACCUACUUGCCUCUAUGUUAAAACUUGAUCCAAGGAAACGAAUUACGGCCACUCAAGUCUUGCAGCAUCAGUGGUGGCUUGCUGAUCCUAAACCAACUAAGAACGAGGACUUGCCUAGGAAAUCGGGAGGAGAAAAGAAAAUGGGCAACGAUAUGGGCAGACGAGUUGGUGAGAUUGACGAGUCAAAAUUUAAAGGAGUGUCCCGUCAACUUGAUUUCGGGGCUAUGAAGAAGUGA